UAGGCCUAGGGUAGGUAAUAAUAUUAAAAUAUUUAUGGCAAAUUUCAGUGUAUUUUGUAAACACUAACAUAUUUAAAAUUUAUUUUUAUAUUGUUGUAGGAUUGCAGAUGAUGAAAAAGAAGACUAGGGUGGUAAACAAAAUGCUGAUGAGUUUGAUGCUGUUGCAAAUUAUAAUCAUUGUCAAUGUGGUGAAUCUUCCUGCCUUAGUAACUUUGAUGCCAAGUUCAUCCUCAACAGAAGAUCAGAAAUGGACGAGUUGACAAAGGGAGAGAAAAAGAUGUUUUUGCCAGGACUUAUAAGUCAUUCGUUAAACUGCUCCUCCACAACUGAAUGCUCAAAACGCUCAACACAAAAACAACGCACCCGAUCAAGGACCGUUUACAGAGUAGAAGGCAAACAUUUAUGCAGAAAUGGAUUUAUGUUUAUGCAUCGCAUAAGCAACAACUAUCUAAACCUACUGACCAAACAUUAUAAAUCGAAUGGUGUAUGUCUCCCAAAACCAAAGACUGGCGGCCGUAGAUUUAACAAGACUGCAUUGUCUACAGAGGAUAUAACUCGAAUUGUAACGUUUAUUACAAGUUAUGGUGAGUUACAUGGCCUCCCUCUACCUGGACGUCAAAGCAGAGUGAACACCAAUGAUCCACGAACACGUUUGCUGCCGUCAUCUAAAAACAAAUCCACAGUUUUCAGAAAGUAUGAAAAAGAAAUGGAAGAAGUGAAUCGGCGAAAAACAGCUGCUGGUAAGUAAAUAUUUGUUGUUAAUUAAUUUCUUAGCAAAAUAUGUUAUAAAAAAAAUUUCACUUAGGACAGCAGAAAACAAAAAAAAAACUAUUGAAUAUACAGUGUGGCACGUAAACACUGGCUUUAAAAUAAUGGUCCAUUAUCGCAAACCGGAAUGUAGCAUUUUUUAAAUAAUGAUUGAUAAUAUACCUGAUGUUCUGUUUCUUUCACAUAAUUUUAUUCUACAUAUUUUUCAGGACAACCCUUGCUGAGAAUUGCCAGGAGGUCAACAUUCAA